AUGGCCAAGGACAGGAGCAAGAAGCCUGCUGCGGCGCCGGCCGCCUCUGACGCCUCGUUAAAGCUUACCGCCAGCAAGAAGGCCAUUGACCCGACCCUGGCCUCGCUCUUCGCGACCAGUGUCGGUCCCGCGAAGCCGCGCCCCAAGGAGGCCUAUCAAAAAGCGCCGCCGAAAACUGCGCCGGAAGCCGAAGACGAUGACCAAGACGACGACGACGACGCAGUGGACGAGGACGACGAGGACCUCUCCAGCAUUGACGAGGAACUUCCGGAGGACAGCGAUGAGGAGGACGAUGAGGACGAGGACGGCGAUACGGUGAUGCGCCCUGCAGAGGACGCCAGUUCUGGCGAGGAUGCCACAAUCCCUGUCCACGAAAGCGUAGCUGCCGCCCAAGGCGAGAAGUCGCAGCGCAAGCGCAAGCGCAAGGGCGACGUAGACGAGCUGGAGGACGUAUACAUGCGCAAGCUCGAGAAAGAAGAGGCCAAGGAAGAGGCCAAGAGGGAAGCAGAGAGGAGUACCAAGCGCCAAAGGAAGGAGGACGGCGAGGCCGCGUCGUCUGAUGAGGAGGUGCUCUCUGACGACGGUGGAGACGAGGAUGCCGCUUCGGACUCAGACGCUGAAUCCGACUCCGAGAUACCCCAGCACGAGACUCAGGCUUCGCAACCCAAGGCCGAAACCGAGUUGGAAAAAGCUUCCCGCACCGUGUUCCUCGGAAACGUUUCGAUCAACGCCAUCUCGGACAAGUCGGCGAAGAAGACGUUGAUCAAGCACAUGUCCUCUUUCCUAUCCGACCUCCCGGAGCAUAAGCCUCCGCACAAGUUUGAUUCGAUCCGCUUCCGCUCCACGCCCUUUUCGACGUUCAUCCCCAAAAAGGCCGCGUAUGCCACCAAGGAAGUCAUGGACGAGACGGCGCACAGCACAAACGCCUACGUCGUCUACACCACGAAUCAGGCUGCGAGGGAGGCUGCAAGGCGUUUGAAUGGCACUGUGGUGCUGAAUCGCCACCUGCGUGUCGACGAGGUUGCUCACCCCGCCAAGACCGACCACCACCGCUGCGUUUUCGUCGGAAACCUCAGCUUCGUCGACGACGAGAGCAUGAUCCAAGAGGCUGAGGCGAAGCGUUUAGGGAAGGAAGUCAGGAAGAAGAAGGAGCCUGGUGAUGUAGAAGAGGGUCUGUGGAGGACCUUCGGCAAAGCCGGCACCGUUGAGAGUGUUAGGGUCAUCCGUGACCCCAAGACCAGGGUUGGAAAGGGUUUUGCCUAUGUGCAAUUUACGGACGAAAACGCCGUGGAGGCAGCUCUGCUGUACAACGACAAGAGGUUCCCGCCCAUGCUCCCGCGCAAGCUCCGGGUCGUGCGCGCCAAGGGCAUGAAGCGCAACAAGACCAACUCGGCAACCUCGACUCGCCCUGUCUCGACCAAGGGCGUGUACAACCCCAAGGUCUCUGCUGAGGAGAGGUCCAUGCAGGGCCGUGCGGCCAAGCUCCUCGGAAAGGCCGGUGCUGCCAAGAUCAAAUCCGCUGGCAAACCUGGGGGGGCCCGGGACUUCAAGAAGGAGGAUAAACCCGCCAACGGCUUCAAGACCCCCGAACAGUUCGUCUUCGAGGGCCAUCGCGCAACCGAGAAGCAAGGCAAGACCGGGUUGAAGCUAGGCGGAAAGAAGGGCAAGAAGAGCGGGAAGCCGGCGUCGAGAAGUAGCAAGAGAGGCGCGGCAUGGAAGGCUCAAGGAGGAAAGAAAGCUUGA